AUGCCUACAGCUACGCUUGCACCCCAAUGUGCCCUCAAAGGAUGGCAUUCAGGAGAGAGAGCCAUCCAAGAAAUCAUACAUCUCCCUGAGCGGGUAUCGAUCAAGGCGAUUGUUAACAGAUUACCGGAGCAACAUCGAAUUUUCCACACCAGCCGCCUCCAUUUUUUGCCCACCACUACGCUCGAUGAUCAGGGAAGACCAUGGGCAUCGAUGUUAUGUUCGAAAGAUGGAGAGCCUGCAUACAUCUCGAGCCCUUGUGACACAUCACUCAUCAUCAAUGCCCGCGUCUGGGAUGGUGAUCCAGCCAUUGAUAACCUGCACCGUUUCAAGGAACGAAGCAGUAAAACAAAUGUACUGGUGUCUGCUUUGGGCAUAGAAGUGUCAACUCGGAGAAGGAACAAGUUUGCAGGAAGUGUUUCAGAUGUUUCCUUUGAUGGCGCAGAUAUGUGCCUUCAGCUGACUGUCAACCAAGCCCUUGGCUUAUGUCCCAAAUAUAUCAAUGUCCGCACAAUUACGCCAUAUCCUGAUGCUUCUCCUCAGCUGGUGUACCAGCAACUUUCAAUGAAUGAUUAUGAUCGCCUGCCCGACGAAGUUAUUGAAUUUAUACACUCUGCAGAUACGGCUUAUUUAGGCACGUCUUACGUUGCUCCUCCUGAGGAUGAGCGAAUGUAUCCGUCGCAUGUCAGCACUAACCAUCGCGGAGGUCGUCCUGGAUUCGUUCGUGUCCGCCCCAGCGAUGGUAGAACAAUAGUGCUUCCUAAUUAUGCCGGAAACCGCAUGAUGAACUCUUUAGGAAACAUAUACGUGACUCCGCUGGCAGGUCUCGUUUUCCCCUCAUUUUCCAGUGGAGCCAUUUUAUACGUGACGGGCACUGCUCGCACGCUUUUUGGUCAGGAUGCGCAACGACUUAUGCCAGCUGCCAACGUUAUUACCACAAUUCGUGUCACGGGCUUUGCCUAUGUAGAGAAUGCUCUACCGAUGCGUGAAGCUGUGGAACCAACGCGCAGUCCAUACAGUCCACCUGUUCGGUAUCUGGCAGAAGAGAAGCCUCCAGCCGCCUCAUAUGAAGAUGUCAUACUUUCCCUUCUUCGUGUAAACAUUCACAAUGACACGCUGGCAACCUUCACAUUCAAUACAUCCAGGCCCAUUGAAGUCAAACCUAGUCAGAAUGCGGUAUUGGAGUUGUCCGAGCUCCUUAGAGUUCGAUCACACGAGUUUCUGGAAUGGGAAGAGGGACCAAGUACCGAAAAUGAUGACUGUGUACGAACUUGGACCGUCUCCACCAAUCCCACACCGAUAUCACCGUGCACAAUGUCGCUCACAAUCAGAACAAUUAGCGGUGGUCUGAUUACGCCGAUACUUUACAAAAUUGUUGAUGACCACGCAGCCAAAGGUGCUCGUGGCGUCGACAUUGACGUGACACCACUUAAUAUCACCGCACGCCUCCGAGGUAUUGGUGGUGACCUGCCGGUUCCUGAACCAAUAGCUGCAUGUGAUGGUGGCCGGCGACUACUCUGGAUCGCAGGUGGCAUCGGGUUGACCCCAUUUCUUAGUCUGGCAAGAUACGUUGCGGGCCUGGUCAAGCAAACUUUCGGUGUAUGGGAUAUCGUUUUGGUUCUGUCAACUAGGGAACCGGACGUGAUGUUGGGUUUGAUAUCAGAUUCUCUUGAAGAGUUAGGGAGUACUGAUGAACUGCCAACCCCACUUGAUCUUUCGUUCGUCAUUCAUAUGUUUGCUCCCGGAUCGUUGGAGAAGCCUUCUACGCUUCCUCCUUUCGUCUCGCUGAUUACACACAAGGGUCGCCUUGAUGACAAGGGGGAACUAUUCAGCAGGUUAGAUGCAAAGCACAGGGAGCCGCACAUUUGUGGUCCCUUGCCAUUUGUGACCAGUGCGAUGAAAACGAUUUACUUACUAAACGUGCCCAAUUGUCUGUUAAUUUUUUUCCGUGGAGUUAGAAUAUCGAUUGUAUUCUCGGUAGGCGACAAGUUACAGGAAACACUUCCAUCAUAUGAUUGUUACGGCACCUUGGCAGUCCGUAAGUCGCUACUUCCAUAA